GCUUCUAAAUACCUACAGAAUACGGAGUCUCCGGAGUACAAGGAGGGGCAGCACGUGCCGAUAAGAGCGGGCCGUCGAUAAUCCGGUAGAUCCGGGAAGAUGAUAAUGAAGGCGGCGAUGGAAAGGGUGUUUUGACUCACAAGCAGCAUGAUGACCGGGAUCACGGUGGGUGUUCUGGCCCUGCAAGGCGCCUUUAUAGAGCAUAUUCAGUUGCUCAAGAAGGCUGCAGCCCGCUUGGCGGAAGAAAACCCGUCGUUUGAUGAUCACUGGGAGUUCAUCGAGGUGCGGACCCCGCCCGAGUUGGAGAGAUGUGACGCCCUCAUCUUGCCGGGGGGCGAGAGCACGACAAUGUCCUUGGUCGCGGCGCGGUCCAACAUGCUGGAGCCCUUGAGGGACUUUGUGAAGGUCCAUCGCAAACCAACUUGGGGAACUUGUGCUGGUCUUAUCUUAUUAUCAGAGUCUGCGAAUCGGACCAAGAAAGGAGGGCAGGAGCUCAUUGGGGGUCUGGAUGUUCGUGUCAAUCGAAACCACUUCGGCCGACAGACAGAAAGUUUCCAAGUACCGCUAGAAUUGCCGUUCCUGAACUCGGAUGGCCAGCGAGGGGAAGAGCCCUCCUACCCGGCAGUCUUCAUUCGGGCCCCGGUUGUUGAGAAGAUCCUUCCACACCACCAAGGCAUUCAAGUCGAGGAAAACGAGCGAGACGAGACGGUGGUAGCGCCGUCACGCCAGGCAAAGGACCAGUCGGCCAGAGCCAUGAUGGAGGAUCAUGUGCAAGUUCUGGCGACACUCUCUGGAAGGGCUGCCAGGCUAGCCAGCGAGGGCAAGAAUAUCAAUGCCGAGAAGGAAACCGGCGACAUUGUCGCGGUUAGACAGGGGAAUGUUUUCGGGACAAGCUUCCACCCCGAGUUGACUGACGACGCUCGCAUCCAUUCUUGGUGGCUCCGUCAGGUGAAAGACGCUGUGGGGAAGAGAACAUGAACAGGAAAUUUUUGGAAGGAUAUGAAUGAUGUUUUUUGAUUGGGUAUCAGGUAGAUCUUUCCUCCCCUUCUUUUGGUGAUAGAUGUACCGUUCGAUAAGAGAUGACCGUAGUAUACACGCCGUCUUUGCGCCUAUAGACCAAAAUAAUUCUUCACUUCAACUUCACCUACCUUUACCGUAGUCCUCUUCCUCUCGUUUGCGUUGUUCCUCGUAUGCCCGACCAUAGCCUCCACGCCCAGGGUCGUAUUCU